AUGGAGAGCACGGCUGCAGGCGGGGUUUUCCGUGACGACGAGGGCCAGUUCAUGAAGGCCUUUGCGAUCAAUUUGGGUAGAGGCUCAGUCACUCACGCGGAGCUGGCAGGGAUAGUCCAGGGUCUUCGCCUGGCGUGGGAAGCCGGAUACAGGAGAGUUGAGGUGCGAACUGAUUCAUCUACGGCGAUCAAGCUCAUUCAGACGGCAGCAGAUCAUAACCCGCAUAGAGGCCUGAUCGCGGCGGCAAGGCAGUUGCUGAGUUUGGAUUGGGAAGUCCGAAUCAACCAUGUUUUUUGA